AUGUUCAAAAUUCUACUGUUUUCGGCAGUUAUUUUGUUGGCUAGUGUGAGUUCACAACACCACGGAGGCGGAGGCGGGGGUCACCACGGCGGAGGCGGAGGCGGACAUCACGGAGGCGGAGGCGGAGGACAUCACGGGGGAGGCGGAGGUUUUGGAGGAGGACAUCAUCACGGAGGAGGAGGGGGAUUUGGAGGGGGUGGAUUUGGCGGAGGCGGAUUCGGAGGUAGUAGCUUCGGAGGCGGUUCCUAUGGUGGAUCUUAUGGCGGGGGCGGUGGAGGUCUUGGGCUUCUAGGGCUCUUAGGCCUUGGUGGAUCGCUAUUCGGUGGAUAUGGCAACAAUUAUGGUGGAUACGGUAAUUAUGGAGGCUACGGAGGCUACGGAGGCUACGGCGGAUAUGGAAAUAAUUAUUAUUGUCAAAUUUAUGGCGGUUAUUAUUGUAAUAGUAUGUAUGGUGGAAGUUAUUAUGGAUAA